ACAAACAUAACCUAUACCAACUCAAUAAAGAAAACAAUUUGUGUAGAAACUUCUGGUGAAAUUGAAAAAAAGCUUCAAUCUUCCUCCUUCCAAACAAUAAAAAUGGGUCUCGAGAUCAGAAAAUCGUGUAUUUUUAUUGUUUUGGCAAUCCAAUUUUCGAUUUCUACGGCUCUGAUUUCAUCUCCGGACGUCAAUCCCCCCUAUCCUAAAGCCUUCUCCGAUUUGAAGGAAGUGAUUGUCAAAGGUUUAGGAUUUCAGGCUGAUGAUUUUAAGAUAACUGGAUUUGAUUUGAGGGAUACGUUAGUGGGUCGAUCAGUGGCUUAUGAAUUUGACGUGGAGAUUGAUAAUACGCUUCUUCCUGUGAAGCUUAUUGAGGAUGUCAAGAGGUGGGAGUAUGUGGAUUUGCCUAUUUUUAGAGUGGUUAAGGGUGAGGUGAAGCCUGACCAUGAGAAUGCAUUGGUGGAAAGACGAAAUUUAGAUGAUGGGUUGCCUGAGUUGGCUCCGUUUCAGUUGGCAGGUCCAAUGGAGCUCUGGAUUCAGGAUGCUAAGGACGUCAGGCUCUCGUUGCCGCAUGAUGUUGAUGCCGGGGUGCUGAGGAAAGUAAUUUUAGCUGAUGGUGCUGUGGUCACUGUCAAGGGUGCACGUUCAGUUAGCCUGCGCCACCCUCUUGAGCUUCCGCUUCCUUUCAACCAAUCUCAAAAUGGUUUUGCCUCGGGUCUUUUGGCUUUGGCUGAUCGCCUCCGCCAUGCUUCCCGUUCCGAAGGAGAACCCCUCGUUUCUCUCCGCAUUGUUGGCCCUACAUCUCUAUCUUCUCCUACAUCAUCAUCAUCUUCUAACAAUAGGCUUAAGCUGAAGCGCCUUGCUCCUGGCCUGGUGGAGCUAUCAUCUGCUUCCAAAAUGAAAGCAAUUGAAACUGUCUCCAACAUUGAUCUGCAAGAAGACGUCCCUACCCUUUUGACGCCAGACAGAUUUGCGACAUUGUGGCCAUUAACUUCAAUUAAUGGUUCGAACGCCAACCUGCUUGGUUUUGAGUCACUUCUCUCCUCUGUUCUUGGUUCAAAAGCUUCGAAGAAAGGUUCUUUUAAGUUAACCAAGGCAGAUGUGUCAGCUCAGACAUAUGUAAAGAUAGGUUUUGAGGUUGAAAAAAAACUACAAGAAGCAGAUGGUCUCGACUUGAGCAGUUUUCCAGAGUGGAGAACAAAGCCUGAGAAUCUGAGGAUGCAUUUUGAGGUAUUAGGGAAGAUUGAUGGGGACAAGGUGGUUCCUGAAAGAGUAGUGCAGAUCGACCCUCUUGGUAUUGAGCAUUCUGUGUCACCUGAUGUUCUCACAGGGAAUACAACAAUGUCAAAGAUGCCCAUUGUUCAUCCCCCUCCUAAUCCGUUCGCCUUAUAAUUUUUGGCGGGAACCAUUUUGUAUAAACAGAGUGUUGAAGUGUAAAAUGUUCAUCCUCUGGUUCUUUUGGGAACCUUGGAUAUUCAUAUACAUGGAAAAGUUAAAGUACAUCAGUUUGUAAAUAAUAUUAAAAUGAAAUUACUUGAGAUUCUCGAGUCUAUGAACUA